UAAUAAAUAGGUGGACUCAAGUGAACACCCACUGUCAUGCGGACCACAUCACAAGCACUGGGCUGAUGAAGAAAAGGCUGGCCGGGCUGAAGAGCGCAAUCUCAAAAUUCAGCGGUGCCUCUGCAGAUAUUCACCUGUCAGAGGGAGACAAGAUCACCUUUGGAAAACAAUAUCUGACAGUGGUGGAGACCCCAGGACACACUGAUGGUUGUGUGACGCUGGUGACUGGGGAUCGGAGCAUGGCUUUUACUGGGGACGCUCUGCUCAUCAGAGGCUGUGGCAGGACAGAUUUCCAGCAGGGCAGUGCUAAGAAGCUUUACCAGUCAAUCCAUCAGAAGAUCUUCACCUUGCCCGACCACUGCCUCAUCUACCCAGGACAUGACUACAAAGGUCAAACAGCAUCAACAGUUGCUGAGGAGCGCAAGUUUAACCCUCGCUUGACGAAGAGUUUGGAGGAGUUCGUAGACAUCAUGAACAACCUGAAUCUCCCCAAGCCUAAAAAAAUAGAUGUUUCAGUCCCUGCGAAUCUGGUUUGUGGAGUACACGAAGUCUGAAUGUCCUGAAAAAGGGGAGAAUUCUAAUCCAAUCAACGACAUAAUAACAAAGUGAUUAACGUUUACCUUUUUUAAUUAGCAAGAUUACCAAAAAAAUGCAAACCAUAAAGAGCUUUAUUGUCUCUAGGGUGUAAGAUUUGUUUUUGAAUUGCUGCUGUCCUUUUUGGUAUGUCGCUACUGGAAUGCAAUCAGUUAAAUUUUAGAGAUAGGGAUGGGUGCAAAAGAUCUGUACAUGAGGUGAAAACCAUGAUAAAAUGAUUUUUAUUUUUAUAAAAUUUGAAUGUGACUGUUUUUAAAAUCUUUAUUCAUCUGUGUUGUUACUGAUUGUUUAAUUUGUAUUCAUGAAGGCUUAACUGGUUUAACACAGUUAUUUAGCCUUUGCAGUGAUUCCAGAUUCAUUUAGCCAAGCGCUCCCCCACACAUACAUACACACAACCCAGUGCUACUUGCCCCUACCUUUUUGCAUAGCUGGAAACUGGAGCUAUGCUAUUUACAUUCAGACUCACCGAGUCCAAGUUUAAAUUCUGAAAGUUAAAAAAUGUCAUGGCAAAGUGUUUGUGUUCAACUGUCAUCUGUUUUUCUUGAUGUCUAACAGACAAGAGCGUCUAUUGAAGUGUGUAUCAUUGUAUCGGUAAGAAAUGAAGAGUGAAAUCUGCUUCUGGAUUUCCAGACGUGCUGUACGUGCUGCUCUCAGGCAGCUUUUAACGGCUCAUCAGCCAGUAAGACAGGUUCGUUUGGAGCAUCUAAACUCAGCCACAUGCCUCUGCCAGAGAGGCCUGUGCAUGUGGUAGUAAACUGUAAGAUGAUCUUGGACUGAUCCUGAGCUUUUCAGUACCAAAGUGUUUCUACUGAAACUACUCAUGCUCGCAUUUUUACUCUUGCUAGAAUUUAAAAUAGCAGUUCACUGAAUUUCAUUUAUGUGGUUAAAGGCCAAUCAAAUUGCUAAAAGGGUAACAGGUGUGUCUCAUCACUAACACUGGUGACACCACAUCUGAUAAAUAUGCAAGAAAAUGCACACUCAGGCCUCCAGCAAUCCAAGCAAUCCACCAAACAUUACAGACCUCCCCAAUCACAACAACAAUAAAAGGGCAGAAAAGUACAGCAUCAACAGCUCCAUGUUGUACAAGUCUUAUGGAAUGACUUGAUUGCAAUUUGCCUUUGAACUUUACAGAGAUUAGAGAAGAGCAGUGAAUGUGUAACAUGGAAUAAGAAGUCUUUUAUUUUAAAGUUGCAUUUUAUCAAACUGCUCUGUGUUAAUUAACACAGCCUACAUGGGAUAAGGUAGCUUUAUUCCAUCACAGCAGUACUGCUACCAGCACUUAGUUUCAUUAGCAAUACAUCAGACAAAUACUAUAAUGAUUUUCCCCAUAAAAUAACAAUUAAAAAAAAACUGGAACACAAGUGGCGUUUGUCUUAGUACCAGCCGAAAACAAGAUGCAGGGUUUGCCAUGGUUAUCAGAUACCAGAUUUAUGAUAACCCCAAUGCAGGACACC